GCGCCGGAUAUAUGUAGCCGGCGGCAGAGCACGCCGCUGCGUGAGGCGCUUCUCGUCCGCCGGGCCGGCCUGUGGUGAAGCGGCGCCUCCCGCUCCCGUCCCGCUCCGCCCGCAGUUUUCAGUUGACCAAAGAAAUGGUGAUGGAGAAGCCAAGUCCCCUGCUGGUCGGGCGGGAAUUCGUGAGGCAGUACUAUACCCUGCUGAACCAAGCACCUGACUAUUUGCACAGGUUUUAUGGAAAGAACUCUUCUUAUGUCCAUGGUGGCUUGGAUUCCAAUGGAAAACCAGCUGAUGCAGUCUAUGGGCAAUCUGACAUCCACAAGAAGGUGCUGUCAUUAAACUUCAAGGAUUGCCACACAAAGAUCCGUCACGUGGAUGCUCACGCCACCCUCAACGAUGGUGUUGUGGUGCAGGUGAUGGGGGAGCUCUCCAACAACAUGCAGCCCGUGCGCAGGUUCAUGCAAACCUUUGUGCUCGCCCCUGAGGGUUCUGUUGCAAACAAGUUCUAUGUGCACAAUGAUAUCUUCCGCUACCAGGAUGAGGUUUUUGGGGACUCUGACACCGAGCCUCCAGAGGAAUCAGAGGAGGAAGGGGAGGAACCUGAGGAAAGACAGCAGACACCUGAGGCUGUUCCUGAUGAUACUGGUGCUUACUACGAGCAGGCUGUCAGCAAUGACAUUGAGGAACACCUGGAAGAGACAACUGCAGAGGCAGAGCCUGAGCCAGAGGCAGAACCUGAACAGGAACCUGAACCAGAGGCGCAGGAAGAAAAGUCUGAACCAGUAUUAGAGGAGUCAGCUCCAGAAGAGACUGUGGAAAAGAGUCCUUCUCCAGCUCCUGCUGAUCCAGCUCCUGCAGUGCAAGAGGACUCAAGGACAUUUUCCUGGGCAUCAGUAACCAGCAAGAACCUUCCUCCCAGUGGGGCUGUUCCAGUAUCGGGAAUACCACCUCAUGUUGUGAAAGUACCUGUCUCGCAGCCCCGCCCUGAGGCAAAGCCCGAGUCUCAGACCCCACCUCAGAGACCUCAGAGGGAUCAGCGAGUGAGGGAGCAGCGAACAAGCAUCCCACCACAGAGGGGUCCUAGGCCAAUUCGCGAGGGUGAACAAGGCGAUGUGGAAACCAGACGGAUUGUGAGAUACCCAGACAGUCAUCAGCUUUUUGUUGGGAACCUUCCCCAUGAUGUGGACAAAUCUGAACUUAAAGACUUUUUCCAAAAACUUGGCUUUUCUCUUGCAGGCUAUGGCAAUGUUGUUGAACUCCGCAUCAACAGUGGUGGAAAGCUCCCCAAUUUUGGGUUUGUGGUGUUUGAUGAUCCUGAACCAGUUCAGAAGAUCCUUAGUAACAGGCCCAUCAUGUUCAGGGGAGAGGUGCGCCUGAACGUGGAGGAGAAGAAGACACGAGCUGCCAGGGAGGGUGACCGCAGAGAUAACAGACCUCGUGGACCCGGAGGCACUCGUGGGGGGCUGGGAGGUGGGAUUCGAGGGCCUCCACGUGGAGGAAUGUCCCAGAAGCCAGGAUUUGGAGCUGGAAGGGGGAUCGGGCAACGCCAGUGAAGGCAUCGCGGAUGUUGACACGGAGGCGCAAACCCUUUUUCCUGCAGAUUUGUGAAUUUCAGCCUUGGGUAUCUUGGAAUGUGGCCCUAGCCUGUUAUAGACUGCUACGUUUGAUACUAUUUUGGCCCUUUUUUGUUUGUGUUAUGGUUCUGUGAUUUAUUUUUUUUCUAGUCCUUGUCCCAGAUUCCAGCUUUGUGGAACAACGUUUUAGGAAAAGUGGAUUUUAAAAAGAGAAGAACUGAGUUUUCUUGUUCACCUCAAACUUACGGACUGAAUUUUUUUGGUACCAGUGGUUUUUCCUAAAGGAAUGUCUCUACUUUUUUUCUUUUUUUUUUUUUUCUCUCCCCUUUCUACUGAGUUUGGGUGCAUUUCAGUCAGUGGAAUCAUAUUUCACGUGCAUGCGUUCAAGAGCCUGUAGGAAAACAUAGUACUUGGCAAGUAUUUCAAGGGCAGAAAAAAAAAAAACUAUUGAUGUUUCUUUGAGGGUCAUAUGAACAUCCUCUGGUGUGGAGAUAUUGCCACUUGAAAAAUUGACUUUCACCUUUCUCUUUGUGGCGCUGUAAGAGUGGAAUAAUGGGUAUCUGUAGAAUCUCUUUUUCUUUUGAUACAUGAUCACAGAAAGGAAUUCGAACUACUGUUUUACCACUUUGAAAUUUUGGAUUGUGGGAUAGCUUUUAAAUGUCUAGAACUUGACUCUUCAAACACUUUUCCUGAACUUGUGAAAUUUUUUAUUGAAAUAGGGAGUUUUUUUCAUGUUUAGUUUGUAUUUGUAUAAAAAAAAAAAGCAAAAUUGUUGUGCCUUCUAUUUAUCUCUCAUUCCAGUUUUGGCAAAUUGUUUUAAAAAAUAAAAAUAAAAAAGGUCUAGAUUUGCUUUAUCAAGUCAAGAGUAUGUUGGAGUUUUUCCAAGGGGAAGAAGUUCUUCCUUCAGUCACUAGGUCUACUAGGUAGAGGUGGUUAUAGCUAAAGUUUUUAAUACCUUCUGUGCAUCAGCUUAGCUGCAUUUAAGUAAUUGAAAACAAGCCUUUUUUGGAUGCAGAAUUUAAUAACUUGAACUUGAGGCUGGGCAGGUCCUGUUGCAAAUGUUGCAGAAAUACAGCGGAAGAAGGAAUACCUCUGUCACAUCCUUUACAGUUCCACCUGUUGUAUGCAGUAGAGUUAUUUUUGCAGUACUUCAUUCCUUGCUUCUGCCAGACCUGAAGUGGAUACGAUGGCAUUUUUGUCAGAAGUACAGAAGGCGCCUUGUCUGUCCUGGUGUCAAGAUGUCGAAUGGUCUCCACUGCCUCUGAAAGAAGAUGAAACUGAAAGGAAAAUACAGAACUGGGUAAUUGCAAUGCAAGAGAUCCUAUGAGAUUGUGCUGCACAAAGCACUAUUUCUGCAGUGCGUGGUGUUAAACAUCCGGAUGAAAACAGCACUUUUGUGUCUACACCAGACCUUCAGAUCUCUUGGCAGUACAGAAGAGCUGCUUUACUUAUCCUGUGUCAGGUUUCACUGUGUCCAUGUUUCCUUGGUUUAUUACUAUGACUGUGCACAUGCAGUGUGUUCUCUUGACUUGUGCCUGCUGUAAAGCUGGAGCAGAGCUGCCCUCGCUAUUACCUGUUCUGAACAGUCAUUUUUUGCCUUUUACUUGCCAAACUUAGUGGUUGAACCUGGUUGUACUAUAUGUUGGUAGAGUGUUGGUUUCUGUUUUAUCUUUCUCUUCAGAGUUGGUACACUGUUUGUCCCUUCCCUCCUUACAAAUGUGUCUUAGCUUAGCCUGCUUACCAUCUGUACCUGAGGAUUUAAAUACCUUAGUGAACCGGGGGAGAGUGCAGUGUGAGUGUGGUGUGCUCUCACAGCCAGCAUUCUGGAAAUUCUGCAGCUCAAUCACAGUAAUUUACUCCCUCUUUCUAAAAAUGAUUCAGUACAUUUUAAAAAUAGAGUUAGGUUUUAUUAAAAAAAAAAAAUUCCAAACAGGAAAGAGCUUGAUUUCUGUAAUGGUACUUACAUUCUUUGUCUCAAAAAAACCCUGUACAUUUCAUAUAUUUCAAAUAUGUACAAUGUCUGAAAGGUUUAUGCACUGAUACUGAAUAUAAAGCACCCAUGUGCCUUUCAGAAAACCACUGUAAAUCCCCAGAAAACUGAAUCACUGUAAUUUACUGACUGAUGCCUGGGUGGUGUUGACAGCUGCCCAGUAGAGGUACUGACAAUAUCCUUUUGCUGUUGCCUCCUACCAUGGAACCUUUGCUCACCCUCCUGGACUCAAGGUGCGAAAUGUCUCCAUGCCACCCACUCCAGGUGCUUGCGUGGAGAGAACAAGAGUUCCUGGACCUGGCAGUUCAAUGUUUUCUCAGUAAGUUGCUGUUUUACUUGUUCACUUCUGCCCUAGGCUGAUGUACCAGCUGACAUCCCUUUAUGCCAUGGAGGGAGGCUGCUCACCCAAAAGACCUCUUUUUCUGGAGGGCAGAUGCCCAGGUCUCUUUACCUGAUACCUCACUUUCUAAGUGGUUUUCUUCCUGCAUAACAUGCAAUGUGCAAUUUGGGUGAGACCAAAGUUAAAAUAACUAUCAGGAAGUUGAAUGUUUGUUUCGCUUUUGUUUCCAGCCUUCCAAAGUGCUGCUUUAUUAAAUAAAACAAGGAGCAGCUUGAAGUAGAAGAAAACCCACACAAGCUGUUCUUCUGUGUGCAACAUUAAUUCUUUUUAAGGGACAAAUAAACCACUGAGGACUAAAAGCCUUAGAUGGUUUUGCUACAUGUUAAAAGUGACCUUGGUUAUAGAUGACUUAAAUGGUCAGUGGUGAGAUGUAAAUAAUUACAGGAGGAUCAUUUAUGGAUGCUGUAAAUCAUGGGGCAGCAUUUGUUUUAAAGGAAGUGGGGGCAAAAAAAGAGUUUUGCCUACUUAUUUUCUUGUCUAUUCCCCUUGCUUACACUAGCUUUUGUUUUUUUUACUUUUUUUUUUCUGUCACUUCAUGCAAAGUCAGAGUGGAUGAGAGACAA